AUCCUUCUCUCUUUCAAAACAAACCACAACCCGAAAAGUUCGAAAUUUCACAGUAGACAAUGGCGGGAACAUCACAAUUUGACAUCUCAAAAAUCAACCUAAAACAACUGCACUUUCUCAUCAGUCUUCGCGCUCAUAUUUUUCUCUCUCUCUCUCUCUCUCUCUCUCUCCUCCAUUUCCACCAUUUCUCUUUCUCUCUCCACCAUGGAUCCUGCAAUUUGUUAAUCGCUCCAACUCAAUUCCUUCCGAAACCCUAAUUUUAAACUUCGCGAUUCUAGAUCUAUCUCUAAACCACCAUGGAAGCUCAAAUUUGGAGCUCAGAGCUCGCGACUUGCAGCAAUUACUGUUAUACUGAGAAGGCAUGGCAUUUGGCAUCCAUUCUCUUAUCACUCGGAAGACCUGCUUCUCUGAUUGAACUUGUUGGAAGGUGUUCGUUGUUCCGAACAUCGCCGGAGUUUGUGGAAUUUCUUUGCGCAAUCCCUAAUUCGCCACUUCAUUUGACCUUGAAUAACUUUGUUGUGCUUUCAAUGGCGGCUUUCAGUGCUUUUGGGGAGUUUGUUGCGAGUUCCAAGCCAAAGAUUGAACUACGAGUGUUUGGAGGAGAGAGAUUAUCGCACAGUUGCGCUGAAGUGGAGAGAGUGUAUUUUAGGAAGAGGAAGAAGUUAGGGAAUGAAAUGAUUCCGGUGGUGAAGAAAAGAGCGGUUUUGAGAUCUGUUGAUGGUAAGAAAUCUGAAAAUGAGCGGGAAAUAGCGAGCUUAAGUGACAAUCUGAGAUUAGCAAGCACUUGCUGUGAGGGAGUUUAUCUACAAGCUGCUUAUCCGGGCACAGUCGUAAAUGUGCCAUCGUCUGGCGGAUUUCACAAAGCAGGAAAACUUCUUAGCACCAGUGACAUGGUUUUGACCCCAUCUAUGGUGAAUGCCAGUAUUGAAUUCUUAGAAUAUCAGUUAAACAUUGAUGAUCAGGAAACUGAAAACAAGCAAAACCCAUCUGUAGUCAAUGACCUGGACAAAUGUGUAGUAGUGGAAGGACAGCAAGAUAAAUGUUAUGCCAGCAGGACAGCCUUAGAUCUGCCUAAUUACUAUGAAAAAAUAUUUGCAGAAUUUUCAGCUGCUUUAGAAGGAAGUCAUCAUGACAUGACAACCUUGGUUAGUAGGAUGGAUUCCCAUGUUUCUUUCUGUGUAGAGAUUGAUCAACAAGAUAAAAACUUAUCUGUGGAGACUACACCUAUUAUAACUGCUGCUCAGGACUUCGAACACAGUCAAAUACCCAAAACAAAAGUAGAGGAGUUAAGUGAGCAGCCAUUGAUGGAUGAAAGUCCUCUUAAAGAAAGAGUCAAGAAUAUUACAUUUGGCUCUUGUACGGAGGGUUUUCCUUCAAAGGACAAAUUAUGUCAGCCAAACAUCGGGAUUAUUGGUAGCACACAUACUGUGAAAGAGGAUCUGACAAAUACAAAAUCAACAAGUCAGCCUGGGGUUUCUGCUGAUCCACAAUCUGCUCAUAAGUUGCAUAAAAAAUUAUCACCACCGAAGAAUGUUCCUCAGGAUGAGCUGAUGCAAAAACAAACAACUCCGUCCAAGUUUAUGCAGCAUCAUGAAGUUGAUCUUAACCAUAAAGAACGGAGAGGUCCAAAACAUCGAAUGACUGUUGCCAUGAUGGAUAAAUCCAAACACAUUGCUAGGAAUAACGCAUCUAUCCAAGAAAGAUGCGACAAUAAUACCAAGUCUUCCAAAGAUCAACAGAAGUCAAAAUUUCCAGAAUUUGAGUCUUACACAGUGGUGGAGGAAGAAGGUUCAGGUGGUUAUGGCACUGUUUACAGAGCACGGAGAAAGAGUGAUGGAUUGACAGUUGCCAUAAAAUGUCCUCAUGAAAAUGCUCAUAAAAACCAUGUCAAGAAUGAGCUUAAGAUGCUUGAACGAUUUGGGGGAAAGAAUUUUGUGAUAAAAUAUGAAGGUUCCCUCAAGAGUGAAAGUGCUGAUUGUUUUGUUCUAGAGCACGUUGAUCAUGACAGGCCUGAAGUGUUGAAAAGGGAGAUUGAUAUAUCUCAGCUGCAGUGGUAUGGUUAUUGCAUGUUCAGGGCACUUGGUGGUCUUCAUAGGCAGGGAAUGUUUCACAGAGACAUCAAGCCCGGAAACUUCCUCUUUACAUGCAAAACCAACAAAGGGUAUCUGAUUGACUUCAAUCUUGCUAAGGAUUUGAAUCAGAAAAAUGUGAAUAUUGAAAAAUCACAUUUUAGCAACGUGCAACCUAUUCAACAUAAUCUGUCAGCUCAUUCUAAGUCCACUUCUCCCAACAAACGAAAGAAUUUUCUGGGCGGUAAAUUAUCCGAACUCAAGAAAGGGGCAGCAAGUGGAUCCAACCGUGUCCUCGAGAGCAAGACAACGAAGAAGAAGACUUUUGACAAAUUGAAGGCUUACGAAGAUUUGGGUCGUUGCAAUUCGCUAACUAGCCAAGGUGCAGAUGGGUCUGGCAUAACUUCUACGAGGGACAUGACAAGCACUCAAGCUCCUUCAGUAGAAAGAUUAAGAAAGCCCCAGCCACUUCUUUGUAAAGGUCGCAAGGAGCUGAUGAACUUUGCUCAGAUGCAAAGCCCAAUUCUUGAAGCAGCAAAAGCUCCAGCUUCUAAUCGUAAAAGGGUUGCUGCUUCACCUGGGAUCACAGAUAGAAAAUUCAUUCAUCCCACACCAGCUCCACUUCACUCUUCCGGCAUUGCCAUUUCUGGUGCUGGGUCACUGAAGAAUAGAGGAGAAGUCAAACCGAAUAAAGAUGGUCCAUGUGUUGGGACAAAAGGUUUUCGUGCUCCAGAGGUCUUGCUUCGUUCUUUGCAUCAAGGUCCUAAGAUUGAUGUUUGGUCAGCUGGUGUCACCUUACUUUACCUGAUAAGUGGAAAAAUGCCCUUUAAUGGUGACCCAGAACAAAACAUGAAGGACAUAGUAAAAUUGAAGGGCAAUGAAGAGCUGUGGGAAGUGGCCAAGUUACACAACCGCGAAUCUUCCUUCCCAACGGAACUUUUGGAUAUAAGAUUCUUACCAUCAAUGACAAUAAAAGAAUGGUAUUUUGCAAACACGAAAAGACGAGAUCUUCUUGAGGUUAUCCCUGAUUCGCUUUUUGAUUUGCUCGAAAAAUGCUUAACCGUGAGUCCGAGAUUGAGGAUUACUGCUGACGAAGCUCUUAAUCACAAGUUCUUUGCUCCAUGUCAUGAUGCCAUACAUAACCACAGGUUGAAACGGGCUCAACAUCAGGAUUCUAAAAGCAACUCGUUGCCUUUAUUAUGUGAACCUGUAAGACCUCGUAGUUAGAAGAUAUCUACUUCUGUAAAUUUUCUGAGGAUUCUAAUUGCAAGGUUUAGUUGUACAGUAAUCCAUGUCCUUCAAAUAGAAACUCUAGCUGACUGAUUUAUCAUAGAAACUGUAUCUGUUGUAGAAUUUUAAAAACCAUACACCCUGAAGGCCAUAAAUGAUAUAGCCUUUGUAUUUUUUGUCAAAGAAUCCCAAACAUAUACACCCCUUACUUCUAAAAUGCCAUUUAACUUGACAAUUUUGGUGACGACGCUUCUAAUUAAAGGUUGGUUAUUGUAUUCCA